GUUUUUGGACUUAACGUUGGAAACUUUUGCCUACAAAGAGUAAUUUCCAGACAUGAUUCCCACUAAGAUAUUGGUGUACAGGGGGCCCGAUGGAGGCACACACUCUCAGACAGUUUGUAACACAAGGAGGCGCAAGAAAUCGACCGGGGAGCUCUUCCAGAAGGGCUACAGAGUCCGGAUGAGCCAUGCGCAGGUCAGCGAGAAAGAGGACCAGGACAGCAUCUGCUACAGUCUCAGUGCAUGCUUCCAUGUAAUCUCCUACUGGGGUAAGACCGGCAGGACGUGGGAAUGGGGGGAAUCGCCAAUAAAGCUGAAGGCUGGCAUGUCCAGAGGUAUUUGGACUCCAGCUGGAGCAGGUUCAGGUUCAGGAUUUGCUCUGUAUUAUGAUCCCCAUCUGGCAAACGCUCACUUGAAAUGAAAGAUGAGCUUUGGCGAGGCACACCACAGUUCACGUCAUUUCAUAAAAGAUUAUUUAUUUAUACUUUCCUAGCGGAAUGAUUGCCCGUAAUGUCUUUGAUUUGUGUCAUUGGACAUUCACACACAUCUAUUCCAGCAGGAAAAUUUGUCUGCCAGAUUAAAGCAUGCAGAAAUUUUUUUACUUGAUUGCUCACUCUUGGCUAAAAUUGGCAUUUAAUUGUACAUGCCGCACCGGCACUGCAGUGGAUUCAGCUUUUUUUCUGAGUCAGAUCAAGGAAUCAUUUCACUUUUAAACUCAGGUGGGAGGUUCCAUUUAGCAGGUAGUUUAUGGUAGCGCACCUAAUGAUGAAACAUAAACAAUAAAAAAAGAAGGUAUUUUUCUUAAUAAGUCAUGUUUUUGUAGGAGAUGUUUGUCUGACAGAAACAACAGUAAACUGGUCACAUUGUGCUUGUGAUUUCACGUUUGUGAGGCUUAAAUGAUGUGAUGCAGUCAAUCAGAAAUCGUGUAGAGGAGCUCAGGCUGGGGUUGUCACGGCUGAUUUUGUCGGUGUUUUGCUGUCCUUGAACUCUUGGCAACUAGCACAAGUUUUUUUUUUUUCUUCCCAUAAACAUCCUCCCAUGUGGGAUUUGACGUCACGUCUGGUUAAUCAUUGAGUUUGGUGUGACAGUGUCCACCUGUCUCUAAUCCAGUUUUUCAUCUCUUCCACGUUUCAUCCAGCAGGAGUGAAACGUGUAUCAGGUAGAUGCCGGUGCUUCCCGUGGCUACUGAGAUUAAAGAGUUGUGGGUUGGUGAAGCGAUAUCUAGGAUGUUGAGCUUGUUUUAAUUUUUUCCACCACAUAUUUAAGAACGUUUUCUUUUAAGAUACAGUAAGGCUAAGUAUUGCUUGAUCAAUUGGAGUAUAUUUUUUCUGACAAUAUGAAUCCAAUGAAGUUGAUAAACAUGGAUGAAGGUAUUAAAGGCUUGAGGUUUUUAAGGGCCUUAAGGUUGAUACAGUUCUCAGAAAUUUUACAAUUUUUGAAUAUACUAAAGACAAGCAACUCAAUAAAGCUGGUGAACCUGUGUUCAAUCUUCAUAAGCACAUGGCUAACUGCAGCGGGAUUUAUUCAUUUGGUGGAAAACUCAGGGGAUCCUUGGGAAAACUUCCAAAAUUCCCAGGCACUUUCCUACUGGGAAUGUGUCUACUUACUCAUGGUUACUAUGUCCACUGUUGGCUAUGGAGACGUUUAUGCAAAAACCACCCUGGGUCGCCUGUUUAUGGUCUUCUUCAUCCUCGGUGGUUUGGCCAUGUUUGCUCGCUACGUGCCAGAAAUUGCUGCUCUCAUCCUUAAUCGGAAGAAAUAUGGAGGGAGUUAUAACUCGACCAGAGGCAGAAAGCACAUCGUGGUCUGUGGUCAUAUAACACUUGAGAGUGUGUCCAACUUUCUAAAAGACUUCCUACACAAGGACAGGGAUGAUGUCAAUGUAGAAAUUGUUUUUCUCCAUAAUAUUUCCCCUAAUCUUGAGCUGGAAGCCUUGUUCAAGCGCCACUUCACUCAGGUGGAGUUUUACCAAGGAUCUGUCCUGAACCCACACGACCUGGCCAGAGUCAAGAUCGAAUCGGCUGAUGCCUGUUUGAUCUUAGCCAACAAAUACUGUGCAGACCCUGAUGCCGAGGAUGCAUCCAACAUCAUGAGAGUAAUAUCCAUCAAGAACUACCAUCCAAAGAUCAGAAUAAUCACUCAAAUGUUGCAGUACCACAAUAAGGCCCAUCUUUUGAACAUCCCGAGCUGGAACUGGAAGGAAGGAGAUGACGCUAUUUGCCUUGCAGAGCUAAAACUGGGGUUCAUUGCUCAGAGCUGCCUGGCUCAAGGCCUCUCCACCAUGCUGGCCAACCUUUUCUCCAUGAGGUCCUUCAUCAAGAUUGAGGAGGACACGUGGCAGAAGUAUUACCUGGAAGGAGUAUCCAAUGAGAUGUACACUGAGUACUUGUCAAGUGCCUUUGUGGGCAUGUCCUUCCCAGUAAUUUGCGAACUCUGCUAUGUGAAGCUAAAGCUGCUACUGAUAGCUAUAGAGUACAAGUCUGAUCAAAGGGAAUGCAGCACCCUAAUAAACCCUGGAAACCAUAUGAAAAUGCAAGAGGGGACAUUGGGCUUCUUCAUUGCCAGCGAUGCCAAAGAAGUAAAGAGGGCACUGUUUUACUGUAAAGCCUGCCAUGAUGACAUUACUGAUCCCAAAAGGAUAAAGAAAUGUGGAUGCAAGAAAUUGAUAUAUUCCAAGAAGGCUGCCUACAAGAAAAUGAGACUGGCAUGUUGUUUUGAUUGCGGCCGCUCAGAGCGGGACUGCUCUUGCAUGCCAGUUAAUGUGCGUUGUAACAUGGACUCCCCUCAACGCGACAUCCCACUCUCCGCUGUCUCUGUUAAUGAUUGCUCAGCCACUUUACGUGCCUCUAAAAAUAGCUAUAAUGGAUAUAUCAAAUCAAUUGAAGAGGACCAACAGUCGGCGUUGUCACCUAAAAAAAAGCAACGCAACGGAGGCAUGAGAAAUUCUCCAAACUCCUCACCCAAGAUAAUGAGACAUGAUCCGCUCCUCAUCCCAGGGAACGAGCAGAUUGAGAGCAUGGACGACAAUGUAAAGAAAUACGACUCCACAGGGAUGUUUCACUGGUGCCCGUCCAAAGACAUCGAAAAGGUCAUCUUGACCCGGAGCGAGGCAGCCAUGACUGUUCUGAGUGGCCAUGUGGUUGUGUGUAUAUUUGGAGACGUGAAAUCGGCGUUGAUCGGUCUCCGAAACUUUGUUAUGCCUCUGAGAGCGAGCAACUUUCACUACCAUGAGCUAAAGCACAUCGUAUUUGUUGGCUCACUUGAGUAUCUUAAGCGGGAGUGGGAGACUCUACACAAUUUUCCGAAGGUCUCCAUUUUACCUGGCACACCGUUGAGCCGGGCAGAUCUGAGGGCUGUCAACAUCAACCUCUGCGACAUGUGUGUCAUUCUGUCAGCCAAUCAGAACAAUAUUGACGAUGCAUCACUGCAGGACAAAGAAUGCAUCUUGGCGUCACUCAACAUCAAAUCCAUGCUGUUUGACGACAGCAUCGGGGUCUUGCAGGCUAAUUCCCAAGGCUUUACACCACCGGGAAUGGAUAGAUCCUCUCCUGAAAACAGCCCAGUCCAUGGAUUAGUGAGGCAGACUUCUGUCACAACUGGAGCAAAUAUUCCAAUCAUAACCGAACUAGCACCAUUAGCAAAGCCAGGCAAAAAACUGCCUGUGAUUUCAUUCAGUCAGGAUACAAGCAGUGGGACCAGCAUACAAAUAAUAACUGAGCUGGUGAAUGACUCAAAUGUUCAGUUCCUGGACCAAGAUGAUGAUGACGACCCUGACACAGAGUUAUACCUGACUCAGCCUUUUGCCUGUGGGACAGCCUUUGCCGUCAGUGUGCUGGAUUCCUUAAUGAGUGCUACAUACUUCAAUGACAAUAUCCUCACCUUGAUCCGGACAUUGGUAACAGGCGGGGCGACGCCGGAGCUGGAGGGGCUGCUGGCAGAGGAGAAUGCGCUACGGGGCGGCUACAGCACACCGCAGACGCUGGCGAACAGGGACAGGUGUCGUGUGGCACAGCUGGCCUUGUACGACGGGCCCUUUGCCGACCUCGGGGAUGGUGGUUGUUAUGGUGACCUGUUUUGUAAAGCACUGAAAACAUACAACAUGUUGUGCUUUGGCAUCUAUCGGUUACGAGACGCACAUCUUAACGCACAAAGCCAAUGUACCAAACGGUAUGUCAUAACCAAUCCACCAUAUGCGUUUGAGCUGGUGCCCUCAGACCUGAUAUUCUGCCUGAUGCAGUUUGACCACAACGCUGGCCAGUCUCGAACCAGCCUCUCCCACUCUUCCCAUUCAUCCCAUUCCUCCAGCAAAAAGAGCUCCUCCGUCCACUCUAUCCCAGCGACCAACCGCACCAACCGCGCCAAAAGCAGGGACUCACGAGACAAACAAAAUGCAACAAGGAUGAAUAGAAUGGGCCAAGAAAAGACAUGGUUUACAGAUGAGCCAGAGAAUGCCCACCUGAGGACCAUGCAGAUCAAGCCUGUGAAUAAGCUCGCUAUCAACCAAGUCAGUCAGUAUAAAUCCACAAGCAGCUUGAUUCCACCCAUCAGAGAAGCAGAAGAUGAGUGCUGAGCUCUGGACACACACUGACACCUGGAGUCCCAGAAGACUCAUUGUGUAGUUGUCAGACUGGGAUUGGGGUGAUCUUCUCAUCUGCAAACAUAAAUCAUUAAUUGACGAAGAUGAGACAAACACAAACUGCUUUCCUCAUACACCUCUGCAGCUUAUUGUACAAGCAGAUUUAUUAUCAUACAUAAAAUAUACAUGAAGACAAUCAUAGUCAAAUGUUGCAACCCCUCAACUAUUAGUUUGCAUAGCUAAUCUUUAAUGGUGACCAGACUCCAUGACUUUUUGUUCUAUUUUGGGGAAUGAGUUUCACUUGAAGGAGCAAUGUAAAAAUAACUACAACUACUUACUGAGGUGAUUAUAAUAACUGUUUUGCUAUUGUAAAGGUUGCAUUUUUAACUGCUGAUGAACAACUACUACUGCAUUGACUUAACCCAGUGUUGCAGUUAUGCUGUACAGUAUGUUAAGAUGUGUAUUUGACAUCGACCUGUGAUCCCACAGCAAUGGCAUUGUUAGUGACUGACUCAGUGAUUCCUUUGCCAUUUGGAGCUAAUUCACAACAUUUGUGACAGUUAAGAUGGCCAGUGUCCAUGUGUAAAUGGCAUUUGGCUCCAGCCUUAUCUUUAUCCAUUUAUAUUUGUCUUAUUUUUGCCUUUUUGAGUCGUUUGUUAUAAGUUAUUUCAUGUUGCAAUUUGGUUGCAAUGUCCAAAACCCCAGAAAUUGUAUUAAGUACAGCUUUUAAGUAUCUGCAAAGUUUCUCCAGGGGUAAAAUGUUAGGAAUAUUCUUUAUCUUUUCGACAAUAGCCAAAUAUGAUAGAGCUGUUUUGUUGUCGACCAACAAAAUCAGAUUUAUAAUCAUAAUAUAGAGUUUAUAAUACAGUGACAGAGAUAUUUAUUUAUCUAAGACAACAUAGACAGCACAGCUAAAUACUAUGGUAUAGCAUGGCACCAUAUAAUAAGACUGUAGCCUGAAUGUAAAAGCCUCAUAUCGUAAAAAGUGGGCAUCUUUAAGUCCUUCUUUGGCUGGAAGCACUGCCUGACACAAGAUUGUCUUGGAGGCCAUUAAGCACUCUUAUGUUCUCCAUGACCAAUCUUAAUGCCAUACUCAUAGACGUUAAAGCUUUUUGUAGAUACGUGAAAAACAGCUCUAUCAUAAAAUGUUAUUUUGGCUAUUUAUGUGUUCAUCUUGGUGAUCAAUUAUAUCUGAUUCAUUCAUAAAACAAACAACUAAUGAAGCACAGAUCAUUUGUAAAUGCAUGAGUCCAGAAUGCAGAGUGGUUAUUAAUCUUGUCUCAUUUAAAUGAUAAAACAUAGCUAUAUUGGCACUCUUGUCACUUUAGUUCAGAAUCAAUGAAGGGGAAAGAAAGGUAAAAAAUAAAUAAAUAAAACUCAAGCCUAAUCCACAGAGGAUGUGUCACAGUCUAGGCUAGGACUCAUGUUGGAUGUGAAAAGAAAGGGGCUGUGACAUUUUUACAGGCACAGAGAACAUUUAAACCAUCCAUUUCUCAGUGCCAGCUAUGUGCCAGGCAGUGCUGAAGCCAACGGAGGACUCAGAAGACCCACUGUUGCGAAAAGAGGCUAGUUUAGCUGAAUUUAAGCAAACGUUAUGUCUGCUGUGUGACUGAGAAAUGUACCUUCCUCUUUACUCAGAGACCAUUCUUUUAAAUACUUUGAAUUUCUUAAUAAAAAACUGUAAUUCCCUGGAGAUAAAUAGAACUGUAGUAAAUAAUUUGAAGUCUUAAAACUAUUUUGAAAUGAUCCAUCUUCAAUAACAGAGCCUGAUAGCAAUUCAUUUUAUGUAUUCUUCAAAGAAAUCUGUAAAGCUUAAUGUAAACCAUUUCUUUCUAGUGUGUUCUUGUUUGACUGUACCUGUGGGGUUGAGAGAAAUUCGGCAUUACAGUCUAGUUUGUAUGGUUUUGUGAAUUUCUUUUUAGCACAUUGACUUGUGGAUACAAUGCGACAGUGCUAAGUUGAUAUUUCUGACUAUGUCAUAAUAAUACCCAAUAAUAAAUACCGUUUAUUGUCUUGUAUAAAUAGGCUUGUACAUAAAAUUGUACAUGAUUUCAUUUUGUAUUUUCACAAAUUAAAAGCUGAUGUAUUGUGUUCUA